AUGGUAGCAGAUGUCAACAACAUUGUUGCAAAUGGUAGCCAUAUUGAAGCAAGUAGGCGGGGAGAGUGGGCGGGAUUGCGGCCGCCGGGAAGAGACGGCGGCCGCGCGGGGGAGCAGUUGCAGGCCGGGGGCUGCGGCCGCCACCCCACCGUCACCCUGGCGCUGCGUUGCUUGGACGGCGUGUUCCUCUCCCCCACGGAGAAUGACUUUGUCAACAAGAUCGUGGAGGAAUUGGACCACUUUCUGCUUCAGAACCAGCUGGAGAAAGUCCUCUUGUUUCCUCCCUUGUCCAGUCGCCUCAGGUACUUGAUCCACAGAACUGUGGAUGAUGUUGACCUCCUGAGUAGCUUUUCUGUUGGGGAAGGAUGGAGAAGGAGGACCGUGGUCUGUCACUCUGCGAUAAGGCUGCCGGAUGACCCGGAUGAUCAAGGUGGCUCCUGCAGCAGCGCCUCAAACUCAAGUCACCCUCCCCACUCAAGAAGCAGAGGAUGCAGAUCCAGAGGUGGGCCACGUCGCAUGGAAGCACAGGCCAAUGGCUCUCAGGCUCGUCGAGGGAAUGGCAGGGGCAGGAGGCAGCCCCGGAGGAAGCCAGAUAGAGCUUUGUAUGUUCCCAAGGCAAUGCGCAAGAAGCCUGAGGAUUUGGGAAAGGAAGGCCCUGAAGUGUUUGGAGCAGAGUCUCAAGACUUUGGGUUGAAUGAGGACAGAACAUCAAAUGCAGUCUAUGGCUGUGAAGGAGUUGCAGACACCAGUAUGUUUCCUAGUGACGUUUGCCCUGACGUGGAAUAUCCAGAAGCUCAAAACCCCAGUGAGAUUUCUAUGAAUAAUUUGGAAUCUGGUAGUAAAAUUUCUGAAGACCCUGUAGGGUAUCUGGGUUCUCCUGCAUUGGAAGAUCUGUCAGAACAGGAAGACCUAAGCAAAAUGAAGCCCAUCACCUUGGUACUGGAGAGCCGCCCAAACACGGUCCUUUCAGAAAACCAGAGUUCAGAUGGUCUUGAUUCUGUGGUAUCAGAGACUGUUGAAACCUCAGCCUUACUGGAAGAAGCAAAGGUCAGGAAUGUUGAUGCUGCGCUUCUGAAAGAAAAUGGACAGCUGCUGUCAGUAGAAGACCAGAACAGAAGUGCUCCGGAUGGUAUUGUGUUGGAGUUGAGCAAAAAUCUGCCAUCCCUGGAAAAGUGUGAAAAGGACUGUCGGGAUUCUGCUAAGUCAGAAACCGGCAUGUCCCCAUCCCCUCUCGAAGACCAUGACCGCGAGGGACAGAUUACAAGUGACCUCUCGUUGAAUCAUGCUGAUGAUCUGUUACUCUUGGAAAACAAGAAUGAUCUUACAUGUGCUGGUGGAGUGGAGUGGAGUGCACUACCCUUGUUGAAAGACAGCACUGCGGUUGCCGGUGCAUCUCUACACGAUCCAGAAGUGUCAGUGCAGGAGACCCAGGGCAGGAAUUGCAUUGAUGUAUCGCUGUUGGAAUGUAGCCAAACUGAACCCCGUGAAGUCACCCAAGAUCAAAAUACCACUUGUGCCUCUCUUUUGGGUCAGGCGUCGGCUGGGUCUCCAGUUUUGGGACAGAGUAAAAAGUUAUCUGUAUUAGACCCUGAGGCCCUACCCUUUAUAAAUACCUCUGUAUACUAUAGUGGCAAAACCAGUCUGGUACUUGAAGACCAGGAGAGAGAGGGUGUCGUCCUGGAGGGUAAUAAGUUGCCUGUGCUGGAACUGUCUGCAGGAGACAGAAGUGUGGGAACCUCUGCAGUGGAUGGAAAGGACAGUUUUUUCGAAGAAGACUGUAGUGCUGAACUCCUGCAAGAGAUCAGAAAUUAUUUGACCAUAAAGGACAUCAGCAUUGAGAAAAUCCAGUUUGAUUACUCCAGCUAUGGGGAGGCACAGAUCAAUGAGGGAGACUUUGGACAUGUACUUGAGAUCUAUGACUUUUCACCUUUACUAAAGACUGAGCACCUUUUGGAGGCCUUCGCGGAGUUCCAAGAGAGUGGCUUUAAAGUGCAGUGGGUUGAUGACACUCAUGCCCUUGGCAUUUUUUCCAGUUUGGUGGCAGCAUCACAAGCGAUGGAACAGAGUUAUGCAUCCUUAAAGAUCCGUCCUCUAAUCUAUGGUACAAGACAGUCAAAAAUCAAGGCACUUCAGCGGCCAAAACUCCUUCAGCUAGCCAAAGAGAGGCCCCAGACGGACACAGCGGUGGCUAGAAGGCUGGUGACCAGGGCUCUGGGAUUACUGCAUAAAAGCCAGCGAUGCUCAGGCCAAGAAGUGCUGGAGCCAGAAAACGUCAGCCUGCCGGAAUAAAGUGGAUUAUCCCGAGUGGCUUGGGGUGAUGGUUUUGGGUGUGCUAUUAAAACUGUGUAGUCUGAUGGUAGUCCUCCUUGUGAUUUUUGUUGUUGUUGUUGUUGUUGCAGUAAGGAGAGAUGGUGAUAGUUGGCUGUCUUGGAAACAGGAAAGAAACUGAUGAGCUUUUAAUGGUAGGAAGUCAUUAUUUCCUCAUUGCUUUGAGGGAAGUAAGCUCAGCUGUAACGGGGACCACAAGAGGGCACUGUAGUGCUGUGAAAGGGCUUUCUCUUUGGAGUCUGGAUGUUUAAAACAUUGCCUAAGCAGCCUGUGUGUGUGUGUGUGUGUGUGUGUGUGUGUGUCUUGGCUGAUCACUUGUGCUUUGAAAAGUUACCAAGUUCUAGAACGGGUGUUUUUCAUUCUGAGUUUGGUAGACAUUCCUUGUUCCGUUGUCUGUUAAGAGAGGGAUGUUUUCGGCUCCAUCUCCUAUCCCCAAAACUGCUCCACUGCUGCUCUUUUGGCAAAGAGAGUGUGCAUGCCAUUGGGUGGGGGGUUCUGAAGCUUCCAUGCCUGCUUUUCUCCCAGCCUAGGUUCCAGAUUUGUUUUGGGUUGGAAAUGAAGAUCUGGCCCCUGAAGAGCAGGGAGGAGAAAAACAGCAUGCCAGAGAAGAAUAGUGCCCCCUCCAAUUUUCAUUGACACACUGGCCCUUUUCUGUUUGUGACAACUGCACAUAUGGAGAAGCUGCUUUAGUCUCCCAUCCCCUCUGCUGUUUCUGUGUCAGCAAACUGCCCCUUGGAACUGCUGUUAGCUCUGUUGUGAAACUUAAACGUAGCCACAUAAGUAACACAACAUUUACAACACAGCCAGUAGCAACUCCAUGGGCACAGGAAAGAGCUGGUGCGCAUCUGGGUGGCUCAGAGCUCCGAUUGCACAUAUGAUACAAAGUCACCAACAAACACAAGGACUUGGUUCUAAUGUUGGAUGAAGCCUGAAAUGAAAUUAGAAACCAGUAACAAAGAGCAAGAGACAGGCACACAUGCACAUAUAUAUACACAAUGACACAUUUGCAGGACUCAACUAUCUUCUUUACUGAUGUUUGUAAAGUUUUUUGUUUCAAUUUAAAAUAAAACUUAUCACAAUUUAA